AGCACUAUCCUCAAGCCUAGCAGAGCGUCCUUGGAGCCCAGCAUCGCCAUCCUCUCCAGCCGACGCAACCUCAGCCUUUUUCUUCCUCCCACCGCCCGCGAGCUUCGCUCCGCGCGUUGCCGGUCCCGCAUCUCGCAGCGAAGACCCAGCGUACCCAGAUGGAGGUGCUGCCUGUAGUGGUCGUGCUUCCAGCGCACUGUCUCUGCGCGGCUGCAAAUGCCCUGCGACAACCGUCUGUCCAGGGUCUUGCUCGUCGUCGUCAUCGGCUGGCGGAUCUUGCGCUGCUCCCUGUUGGCCGCGCGGCAUCAUCUCCCUCAAGUCGUAGCCGUAGAGUUGGACGAUGUAGGGGGAGUGAAAGUCUUGACGCUGAGCGCGGGGGUCGUUGAUGAUGGAGGGAUGGGGGAAGAGUUGGCGGUCGCGAGAGUUGUUGCCGUCGCCGUUGCCGUUGCUGUUGUUCCUGCUCCUGUUGCCGUUGCCGCGCUCCAUCCUAUCCAGUCGCGAGAUCAAGUCAUCGAAGCGCGAGUUGGCUUGUGCUUGAUUCUGGACAAUUGCAUCGAGCCGGGCGUGGACGUCUGCUUGCUUGUCGCGAAUGUCUUGCACGUUCGCGUCGAUGGGAUUGAGCCGGGUGUGCACUCUUUGGAGACUGCCGCGGGUAGAGAUGGGGUCGUUGUCUUCUUCGUCGUUAGGCUGGUUGGGUGGUGGUCGGGCUCUCCCUCCUCUGGGGUUGUUGGUUGGCACGUUGUCGAUGUCGGACUUGGCGGUGUUGCGGCCUUUGGUGGCUUUGGGGCCGGCCAUCUUAGGAAGAAGUGUUGUGGAAGGAAAAGAAGA